AUGGACAAUGCCGCGGAGGAAGUCGCGGCGCUUCUCGAGCAGCUACAGGGCGCCACAAGCAACGCCGAGCAGCUCCAGCUCUUCCAUCAGGUGCAGGAGAUCGUGCAGCAUCGGGAUCCGUCGGGCCACGAGCGCCAUGUGCUCCGUAGUGCGCUACCGCUGCUGAAACAGGUCGCCCAGGUCCAGAAUGCGGCGCUCGUGGCGUCUAUUUUGCAGUUCCUGGACCACGAAGUGACUACUGCUGCAUCAAUUUUAGCCAAUACGAUGACGACGAAUGCGCUGCAGGCUGUCCGUGCAGCAGCUGCCGUCAUGGCGGCGCUCUAUGACGUGUGCCACACGGUUCUUCUGCUCAGUUACUCGACCGAGAAGAACGUGGUGCUUGCACUGCAUCUAACGCUGCGUACGCUCCAUUGGAGCUUUGACGUGGUGCUUCAAUCCGAGAGGAACGAGACAGGUGGUGCAGCCAUGGAGCCAAAAGAAUGCUGGGACGCGACGCUCCGAUGCCUUGAUGCUACGGCCGAUAUCGUGAUGAACGUGCCCGAAAUGGGACCAAGCAGUCGCAGUGCUGUGGUCUGGCUACGGUCAUGGAAGGUUCUCGAGAGCGGCGUGAUGCUGCUGAGUACGGCGCAGGACGCGUCCGUGUAUCGUGAUCCAAUGAGGUCUAAUGUGCAACCCAAUGUCUGCAGCUUGGACCGACUGAAGGACGUCGCUAAACCGAUAGUUUUGGUCCAGGCAGAUCUUGAAGCACGUGGGCUUUUGUUGCUGCAACGCAUGUGUGAGGUCAUUGGUGCACGUGCGUCGGAGACGAAGAUCUUGUUGGCGAGACGGGAGUUGAGUGUAGCCGUGAACUCGCUAUCGCUGCUGGCGGCUGUGCGACCGCAGUUUAUGCCGCAUGUUUUGCCGAUACUUGUUACGCUCUCGAAUACAGUGUCGACGCCAGGCACUGAAGAUGCUGGUAUACAGAAGACAGUAACAGCAAACUUGGUCAAGCUGUUGAGUCAUCCGACGGCACAGGCGCUGUCCGAUGAGGUAACGGACGUGUUGAUUGCUGUGGGUGCUUCUCAACGCGCGUUUGCUGCCAUUAGUAAGAGCAAAGAACAUCGACGGCGGUAUACAUCAGCACCGACGGAAGCUUCAUUGCGUAGAGCAAGGAUUGGCAAACGCACAGCGCAGUCGAUUACAGAGCGAGUGGAAAACGCCAACGCUCAUGCCAAGCGUAGACGUGUAAAUCUGUCUGGAGCCUCAGCUGCUCCGGUUUUAAAAGAGAAGGUGACGCACGACGGGAUCGUGAAUAUGCAGGCUGUGGAAGUGGCCAACUUGGUCUUGGAGAGCUUCACUUCCGAUAUGACCGCACCAGCACCUCCUGAUCUGCAAUUGGAGCUAGUGCCCAGCGCAUUGAAGACGCGAAUGUCCGCUUUGCUUGCAAAGCUUGCAACGCCUUCGUCCGCUCUUGCAAUCGAGAAAAGUGCUAAACGUAUGCGCGACCCUCGCCUCCGGCGUGACCCGAGACUGCAAGCACAAAGCAAAGAGCAGCCAGCACUCGUACCGAUCUUUGACGAUACUGUUGUCGAAGAAGUGAGCGACUGGAUAUCGAAAAACGCCGCUACGAUCGCAGAGCCGCUAGUAUCUGUCUCUGAGGAUAACGUGGUCCAAGUACAUCUGAAGUCGGAGACCGUGGCAUGGCAGCAAGAAAUGGCUAUCGAUGCACUUGUUCGGAUCCUGGAAAAUGAGUACGGGGUGAAAAUUCGAGGAGACGAAGCAUUGCGAGAAGGCCUUGUUUGCCGGUUGGCAGCAAGCCCGUGGCUUCUUAGCACAGACGAAAACAACAAGCUGGCGUCCGGAUCCGAAAAUAAUUUGAAACUGCCAUUUGUUUAUCAGAAAAUCUUGGAUUUCGUUCUAGGCGAUUAUUGCGUGCGCUCAACGCUGGCGACAAAUCUGCUUUGUCAGGAGUACAUCCGUGCUUCGGCUUCUCAGUUGGCACCUCAUACUAUCGAGAGCUCGGCGACUUCUGCCGCCACUGUUGAUUACCGGAUUUACCGGAUAUCCGUCAACUACUUCUUUGAUGCACUACAGAAGAAAAUGGAUUUGUCUUCGUCGGCGGAUAAGAAGCUCUUUGGGGUUCUGGUGGCCCAACUGCCAUGUGUUUCUGUGGAGAUUCUUCGCGUCAUUGUAGCGCUGUUUAGUGAGAAAGCUGGAAUUGUACUAGGUAUCACCUUGUUGCGUGAUUUGGCAAAAGAGCGAAAGGCAUGCCAGGCGCCUUGCCUUUUGAUUUUACUGCGGUAUACAUGCCACGAGGACGAGCAUUAUCGGAAUGCUACCAUCCGGUGUGUCGCGAACCAGCUGUAUAGUGUCGGCGCACUCAAAACGGAUAUCGAAGAGUUUGCGAUCAAGCUGGUUAACUCGCUGAGAGAACCUGUGCCGCAAAGUGAGGAGUGCGGGGUUAAAGACGAGGACAUGCUUGAAUGUUCUAACGAGGACGAGAAUGGAGAGAAGCCAAGUAUCGAGCAACCUGUGGAACUGAAGGUGGGAGAAGCUAGUACGUGGCUUGAAAAUCAGGUGGAGCAAAUAGCACUUGCUGAAACGGUCAGUAGCCAAGAGCUACGCAAUUACGCUGCCAAAAUCCAGGAGGAGACUGAUCUUUCGAAACCUCUCGACAGCGAGAUGGAGGUUCUUCGGCGUUUGGAGCUUUACCUAGCGCUGUGCGCGAAGAAGCCAUCGCUUCUGACGCACUUGGUAAAGACGUACGCCUACGCUUCUGAGACUGUACGCCAGUCAAUUUUCCGUGCGAUCGAGAAGCUCAUAAAGCAUCUAAAGCAACGCGGCAGCGUGAAUGUUGUCGCUCAGUUGCACGGGUUUGAGUCGAACGCCCUAGGACUGGUUUGUCACAUCAUCCAAAUUUUAUCAACCCGUGGACGACCGAACGAGUCCAGCUCGUCGUGCACAGGUGAUCUCGUUCAGCAAAUUUUAGCGUUGUACCAUAGCCAUGAACACAUUCCGGACUCUAUCUCGGUACUGAUUCCGGUGUUGCCCAGCAUCCGCGGUGAGACCUUGUUCCCAUUAUUGCCUGAUCUAUUGUCACUACCUCCAGCGCGGCUAUCAGUCGCCAUUACUCGACUACUAGAAGCGAUGCCUCCGCAGGUGGUAGCUCCGAUUGACUUGCUCGUGGCGCUUCAUCAUGUGGAUCUCAAGAGCGAGCCAAGCAUGCAAAAGAAGGUCAUUACCGCUAUCAACUUUUGUGUGGAACACCGCCAUGCUUUCCCAUCGGAUGUGCUACUGCAUGUGUGCCGCGUGCUGGUCAAGGAAGAAAAGAUCUCGAAGCUGGCGCUUCGCACGCUCAUUCUCAGUGUUACAGCGUAUCCUACGCUGCAGCGUGACAUGGCUUCGUUAUUGGAUAUCCUCGUGGAUAGAAAAGUUUGGGAAAUGGAGGAUGCACUGUGGAAGGGCUUUGUCAAAUGCUCGGCACUCAUUCAGCCGGCAUCAUUCCCUCUGAUGCUUCAUCGACUUCCCGUUGCUCAGCUUGCGUCGCUGCUGAAAGAAGAAAAGGACCUGCGUGUUUUGCUGCGCGAAUAUGCUUUCACUGCCGGUCCUGACGACCAGCCACUAGACCUUUCUUCCGAGGUUAACGCGCUGCUGGAAGACCUGGAUGAGGGCGGCAGUGUGAAGCAUGAAUCGAUUGAUGAUGCCGAAACACCUGAGCUAGUUGUGGAAAUGGAGGUAGACGACGUCGAUCCGAUCAAGGUGGAGAAGGACGAAGAGGCUGAUAGUGUCUUUUGCCGUGAUGUUUGUCUCAGCGCUAUGGAUGAAUCAGAAAAUAAGUUGCGACCAUAA